AGCGAGAGCACCGACUCCCGGAUCCCCGUCGACGCACCUCGCUCGCUCUCUCGCUCGUGCACGCGCCCGCGCUCGCGCCCUCGGUAACGAUAACAGAGCGCCCCGCGGGUUAGUGAACGCGACGGCGUCUUGGCCCCAGCACCUCAAGGAUCGAGCGCAACGCGUUACCCGACAUUAAAUACCUUCCCAGAGUGACAACCGGCCCGGGUGGCCGGCUAACAUCGGUUCAGUGGUAAAUCCCGCAUUGCGAACAAGUAUUAUUCACGCGCGUGGGUGGUGACGUUCUCCAGCACCGCGAGGACCGGCAGAAGCCGAGUGACGAUCAGUGCGCCGCCUUGGGCUUCGGCCGUUUAUACCUGCAGUGGUUUUGGUUGAUUCUGGUGGUUUGAGUGAACUAGUGCGGGAAGGAGGCGGUGCCGAACAAGUUCUCCCACGAACAAGAAAAUCGUCACCCGUUAUACCUUCGGCGAGUAAACCGAGACCCGGGGCGGAUGAGGGCGAAGACAGGGUCUAGCUUCGACAUCGGUGGACACUAUCGAGGGUGAUCGGCAGGCGUGCGGCUCAGAGGGGCCGAGGAAACGUAAGAGAUAUUGGACACGAGUCCCGCCGAGUCUAAGGUGGAUUUAGCGGAGGUGGCGGCUUCGUUUGCGGGGAGUCCGGACCCCGAGUUCGCCGUGGCGGGCGCUGAGAUUCUCGCUCUACCGGGAGUGGGCAACACACCCGGUGUGAAAGGUACGAUAUACGGUGUCGGUGCAGGGCUGGCGGGUCUUGACAGCGAGGCGGUACGCCGGUGGGUCGCGGAGGCUGCGAGGUCGGUCCAGCGGCAGAUUCCGCCUCCGGUACUCGUACCUGCCGCUUCAUUUCUGUCGAGCCUAACCCCGCCGAUGACGCAAACGCCGAACAUGCACCUGCUCGACAACAACAACAUGACCGAGGCGGUUUCGGCGGGCCAACCUACGGCCCAGCAGCACCAGGAGCACCAUCAGCAGCCUCAUCACCCUCAGCAGCAGCACCAUCUGCACCAGCCGGGACUCACUCACCAGCAGAAGCUCCAGUCGAGCCCGACGAACAAUAACACGAUCGAGGCUUGGCGGUCUGCCCAGGGUGGAGGUAUUCACCAGUGGUGGAACCCCCCCGGUGGGGUCCAACAUCAGGAACCACCCGCGACCCCGGUCACGGCUUUGGCGAGGGCCGGCUCACGCUCCAGAUCCCGGUCACGGUCCCGGACCCAGGAGCACCCGGAGCAGCCCCUCGACUUCUCGGUCGGCUCGCUCCAGCAGCAGAGAGCCGUCCACCUCCAGGCGAGGGCCCACGUCGCGGCUCAGGCCGCCGUCAGGAUGAUGCACGAGCGGCUUCAGGGCGGGGCGGUGACACCCCGUAGGAACAAUAACAACCUCGGAGGACGACAGAAGUUGACCAGCAAUAGCGGCAGCAGCGCCGUCAGCAGGAGAAGCUACAGCCCCAGCGAGAGGAGCGACAGCGGAAGCGAAGACGAAGGCGUUUCGACCGGCGGAAGCCCGACGGGACCGCUUCACGGAACCGAUACCGACCCGUGCGGUGACCCGAUGCUGGAAAGGCCCUACGGGAAAGUCUGGCUGGGAGACAACGAAACGACGUGGAGGACGGACACUGCUUUCAAAAGGAUGCCGAGCCUCAUAUCGGCGGGCGGAGGUGGUGCACCGCACCCGCUUCCUCUUCUGUCGCCACCUAUAGCUGCUCCUGUUAGCAGUCCUGAUCUCGGAACGUCCGCAACGCUUCACGCCAAGUUCGGGAUUUCGCCAGCCAGCGACGCAUUAGGACGGAUCGAUAAGGAGCCAGAACCAGCGUCACCGCAGUCCGUUGAAGAUGCCGAUCUUCACGGUGACGUCGACGGACCGGAUCUAAGCGGGGACGAUCGAAGCAUCGACAGCGAUGUUCGCGACGUUCACGAGUCUGCCAACCUUGAUCAAGACUCCCUUGACUCUGACCGCGAGGCCCUUAAUUUGGUUACGGAUGUUUCGCAACGGAACAGCAGCGGAGGGACAAGCGGGAGCGCGUCAUCUCCAAGUUCCGGGGUCAGCAGUCAGCUAACCGGAAGUCACGCGGGUACCAAUGCCAACAACGGGACCAGCCAUGGAUCGGGUUCUCAGGCGGCCCUGGCCGCUCAACUCGUCGGCCAGCAAAUGUUAAUGCACAAUUCUUUCGGGGCGCUUAGCUCGCAGGAGAUCCAGGCACUGGCUUCAACCCUCCAGCAGCAGCAGCACACCCUGCAACAACAGCUACAACAAUUCGCGCUCUUCCAACAGGCCAAUCCGGCAACUGCUGGCCAACUUCCGGCACAGGCGCAGUUCUUUCUUAGGAAUCAGGUUCAGCAGGCAGUAGCGCAGGCCGCGCAACAGUUACAGGCAUUACAAAAGCAGCAAACUCUACAGAAUGCCGGAAGCGGUGGUGGCGGUGGAGCCGGCGGCAGCAGCGGAGGAGGAGUAAGCACUGGGCCUGGCGGCGGGGGAGGAAUCGGAGUCGUAGGUGGUGGUGGAGGUGUUGGAAGUAUGCGGGGUUUGACUCAGCAAAGAUCGCCACCUCCGCCUGGGACCCCACCUGCCGUUAAAGGAGCACCGACGAGACUGGAGCCGUCGCCGGAGGAGACUACGGACCUCGAGGAACUCGAGCAGUUCGCGAAAACUUUCAAGCAGCGUCGAAUAAAGCUGGGAUUCACCCAGGGUGACGUCGGUCUGGCAAUGGGAAAACUUUACGGGAACGACUUUUCCCAGACGACGAUCUCAAGGUUCGAAGCGUUGAACCUUUCCUUCAAAAAUAUGUGCAAGCUGAAACCGUUGCUCCAGAAAUGGUUAGAAGACGCGGACAAUUCCCUCAACAACCCCAACUCCCUCUCGAACCCUCUGACCACCCCUGAAGCGAUCGGGAGAAGACGGAAGAAGCGGACCUCGAUCGAGACCAGCGUCCGCGUUGCCCUCGAGAAGGCUUUCCUUCAAAACCCAAAACCUACCUCCGAAGAAAUCACCAUGCUCGCCGACAGUCUUGCCAUGGAGAAGGAAGUCGUCCGGGUCUGGUUCUGUAACAGGCGACAAAAGGAGAAACGGAUCAACCCCCCGACGGCUGCGAUGGGCAGUCCCACGAUGGCCUCCCCGGCGCCGUCUGUGUUCGCGUCGUUGGCCGGUUCGAUGUCCGGGAGCCCCCUAUCUCUGACAACCCACGCGACGACCCAUGUCGGCUCUCACCCCCACCCCCACCCCCAUCCCCAUCCCCAUUCCCACACUCACCCCCAUCCUCACAGUCAGAGUCAUGGCCACGGGCACGGCACGUCGUCCCUCGGAUCACCGCUGCCCCUUGCCCUGGUCGCUACCGCUGGCGGCAGUUAUCACACGACGAGUUCAAAGUCCCACGAGUGACACCAGCCCUCCCAGGCGGAGGACGCUCUCUACAAUCACCAGUCCCAAAGUCAGCAUUCUCAUCUACACCCUCACCCACAUCAUCAAAACCAGAACCAGAAUCAUCCUUAUCAUCAUCAUCAUCAGCAGCUGCAGCAGCAACAGCAGCGGCGGCAGCGACGCUUGUGCAAUCUCACAGAUUUUUAUCAAUAAAUGACUAUGUAGUAAUAUACGAAAAUAACGGUGAAGGCGUCGGAUACAAUCGGUCGUCGGUCUAGGCGGACGACGAAUGCCUGCAGUGCAACCGGGACAAAGGUGACGCGUCCAAGACGCGAAUAAACGCGAAAAAACGCGAAAACUUUAUUCAUCAAAUGCGCUUCGAUUCACAGUUGCGAUCGGCGGAUGGUUUAAUAGAUACAGGACGUCUUAAUCGGAUGUGGGUAUAGUGGCUAGUCCGUUUCCGUAUUAAUACCUAUGUGUAGAUGUAUGUAUGUAUGUAUGUAUGUGUGUAUGUAUGUAUGUAUGUAUGUAUAGACAGCAAAAGAAUUGUUCUUUUUCUGGAAAGUUGUAUAGUUAAGGUUAUAUAGAUGUAUAUGUAAUUGUAAAUAUAGCUAUAGCCGAACUGUGCGUAAGUAAUAAGCUGAGGUAUCUGUUAUAUAUACACAUAUAUAUGUCGUACUAUAUAUGUACAUAUGUAUAUGUAUAUAUUAAUGACAACCUACAGACGCUGACACUGAGCUGCGACAAACUGUUUGCGGUUGUGUUCCUCGCGUGUACCUACGCGGACUUAUCUAUUCCAGGUCUCGUACCGUCAGAUUCAUCUCAAUCUCUUAAACGGAACCAGAUCAAUUUCGGCAGAGUGAACCACUUGUACCGGCACAAACAUACAUGCAAGCACUCCGAGCAUAACUUGCAAACCUGUAAUUCUCAGUUAUUGGGGUUUCGGCGAAAGUGGAAUCAUACUUUGACUUACAGACUUGCUGAAAUCUUGUUUUUAAUACAACCAUUUGUCUCAGGUUAAAUUGAGACAUGACAUAUGUUCCAGCCGAAACAAGCUGUUUCGCGUGAAACAACAUUUGGAUCAGAAGAAUCACGUUCAUCCUACAGGUACAAAAAAUACGCUUCCAGUUUCGGAAAUGCAUUUUCAAUCUGGAUGCACUUUUGCGUGUGUGCAACUACUUUUGGUGAUCCUGGAAUUGUUCUGGUUCACCCGUAACGGACUUUGUCGUAAGAGCGAUAUUCGAAGACAAAAUCGACUAUCUUGCAUUGCGUGACUCGUUUGGUAACUCACGGCUGAUUCGUAAUCAUAGUAAAAUUCGACACUCCUACAACUGAGGCUUUUUUAGGAGAAAAAUCUGAUCGCGCACUAUUUACUUAAUGCAUCUGCACACUUACCGCGAGUCUCAUAGGCACGUCCGAGUAUAACGAAUGAUUGUCAAUGCUAACGACUGUAAUUACGUGAUAACAUAGAUAUUGUGUGAAACAAAAUUGUUACUUAAUAAAAGGAUUCUUUUACAUCAAAGUACGAUUAUCAUUUAAUUUUCGGUCGACGUCAUGCAGUGUUCUACAUGUAAUUGAUAUACGCGAGCGAAACUCAUACUUAUCUUUUUCUUUCUAAAUAAUGAAAAGGUCAAGCAUAUCCAAGAGCGUAAUAUUAUAGAGAAAUUGCCGGUCAAUUUUUAAUAAUAUACCGACGCGUCGGUUGUUUGUUACUGAAACUGUCGCAUACAUCUUAGCAUCAGAGUUUCGAUCCAGCCACCAAUGUGGGUUGCCAUACGUGAAAUAUGAUAGGUAUUGUGCAUACAAUCACCUGCGCUAUCUUUCGUCGACAAUGUAGAUCUCGUAUUAACGAGUGAAAGUAUUGGAGUUUCCGUAACUUCGGUGAAGAUGAAACCAAAAUUCACAAAAAAAACUCACGUCGGUUAGUCAUAAUAGGAACAAGUCGACGUUAAAGUUACAUCAAAUUUGGAGUGCCCGUUCACAAGUAAAUCCCAUGCAAAAUUCAUUGCGCAAGCAAUCGAAGAAGCACGUCGCCUACGACAGUACACAUAAUGUUUUGAAAGUUUCGUAACCCCAGCACGAUUUCCCUGAGCUUGUUGGAAUUGGAGCACAAACAUUGGAAUAUACUCGUUAUACUUGCUGUCAUAUAUUUGAGCAUCUUAUCACCAUUUUGGACUAAUUGAUUUUUUUCUUACAGCCUCUGACAGCUAAAGAAAUUGUCCCCUACGAAAAAUGUUGACAUCCGUAUUACGGAGACAGCUGCCGACGUACCUGGACUGAUUUUAUUUAAUCGUUCACUGUUUUUCAACAGACUGAUUUAUUAGAGGAAACGUAUUUCACAGGUGAUGAACCUUCCUAACUGAUUGGACGCACAGUGAGUUUGUUUUGCUGCGGAACGAUGCAUGCGCCUUAAUGAAGCCACCAGAGUUACAGCACUCAUCACAGUUUGAGCAUCGUAUCCCGCCACGGCCAUCCCAAACGUUGUAGAAACAAAUGAUACCUAUUUGAAGUUGGGAUAAUCGUAGCAGGAGACGAUGCUCAACCUGGCAUGAGAGCUGUAACUCCGAUUGUACGAUUAACAAUAAGGUGCACGCAUCGUUUCGCGAAUAGAGAAACUCAAUAUAUAAAAAAAGCAAGUUGGAAGACACCUGCACACGUGAUCCAAGUUUGCGAAAUAACUAUUACACGCGCAUGUUCGAUAAAUAUACUUUCCGCUUCGAUCGACCCCCCCCCACCCCGAGAAAUAGCGAUAUUGAUUAUAUUCAUUCCAUAACAGUUAAGAUGGACCUUUAUUGAUUUACAUGUUCGGCUUCUGAAACACACGUUUAGACAUAGCAUAUUCGCAGGUUUAAUUUCACGAAACCGUCCACCCGUGACGGUGUUUGGUAAUUUAUUGUUAAUUAUGAAAAACGAACUGAAAUAAAAAAAAUAAAAAUAAAUGACUAUUCCUAGAGGACGAAAUCAAAUAUAAAUUGACAGUGAGAUUCAUAAACUGUUCCAGAACAAUAACGUUCAUUGCUUGCGAAUACUUAAUAAGGCAAUACUUAUUUGCCGAGUAUCCUGGGCCUAACUUUCUUCCUAAUAGGUAUAAUUACGGCAUAGAAUGAAAAGAAACGUACUUCAGGUUUGAUGUAGUAGCCAAGUCGUAAUACUGGUAUCAUAUUAAUAGAAAAAUUCACACAGUCAAUCCAAUUACAAUAUACCAUCUCAGUUGUUAAGGCUAAUCAUGAAAACAAGCUAAUUGCGAGUAAUGGAACGGCAAUAAACAAUGAAGUGCAUUCAGUGGCGUAUCGGAUGAAAAUAACUCAUAUAGCAAGUACUGAAAUUGCGCCCCUGCCUGAAAAUCUGAUAUCCUAAGACCGUCAAGGGAAAGGUCCGGUUCACUUUCUAGCUAUGAAAAAUAAUGGCCCUAGAAG